AGGCUGGAGAAGCUUUUGUAGACUUUGCCGAGAAAACAAACCAUCAUGGCGUUGGCUACGUAACUGUGAAAAGGAGUCCAGAAGCCGCUGCUUCAUCUUGUGGGCCAUCGUCAAGAUGUUGAAGCUGUCGCACAGCAAAGCGGCCCUGCUGCUCCUGCUCUUCACGUUCUUGUCCUGUGAUGUCACGGCAAGACUGGAAGUAGCUCGACGACUCUUCGGAGGCGCUCCUGAUGCCAUCGCUGCUGACGAAGAUGUCUGGGCGGAAGAUGAAGGCUCGAAAGGCGCUAGCAGCCCGAAUGUAGUGGCAGCAGAAGGAAGCAGCAGCAAGAUCUCAUUCCUUCAAACCCUCAUAAGGCAGGUGCUGGAUCAAGAAAUGAGUACGACGCUGAUGUGUGUGAUCUUGUUGGCGGUACAGUACUUCGUGGUGUAUGGCAUCUACCACGUGCUGCAUAGCUACAACCAGCUUGCAGUAGAAGAAGAUGGUGGAAAGAGGAAGAAGAGCAAUGGAAAAGAAGGAGCUGCGAGAGAAUCGGGAUACUUGUACGGAGAAGACGAGGUAUGAUGCUGAAUGUUACGACUUUGUACCUCAAAAAAACUGAAUUUUCUGAAUAGAAGAACUAGUUGUUCUUGUUCAUCUCUCUCUUUUCCUCAUCCAUUUUCAAGGUACAACAAUCAUCUCCAUUAUUCAUUCUUCAGGCCCUCGACGACGGCGACCUUCGAAUCGAGCUGCCUUCCUACUUUGCGAAUUGGCCCGAUUGCAAGAGGAUGGAGGAUGUUUUUCGAGGUUGCACAGGAAGCGUGAAACUGUGUCCAAUGCUAGCAAUUCUCUUUAUCGCUACGCGUUUGCGUGCGGCGUCUCUAUCUCCAUCCGGCACAGCAGCUGUUCCUGGCUAUGCGCAGACGUCCAUGUACCUUUGCACUUUAGCGGUCUUGGGGGAUACGUUGCUGCUUCUAAUUAUGCCGAUUUACUUCCACAUCCGUAAGCAAAGAGACGGGCUUGAGCAUGAGCAUCCUUUUGGCGACGACGGUGGAGGCAUGAUGGAUCAACAACAGAUCACGCUGAAUGCUGGAGGAAGGGGAAGCACUACUCAGAAAGCAAGGGCCUCGACAGCAACGUCCCUUUUCGGACGAAUAACGCAAAUCAAUUCUGGUCAAGAUGAACAGAAUAAGCAAAUGAAAAGGCUUAGCCAGAUCGCUUCUGUGACACGGACAGCCUUGACGAUAUCGUUAUACGUGGGCUUCAGCAUCGUCAUUUUCGCAUUGCUAGCGAUGGAGACUCCAGAUGGAAAUCGUAACUGUCCGACUUGUCCCUGGUCUUGGACACCUGAAGUGCCAGCUAGCAUCCAAUGUUUGAUCAACCUGACACUGCAGUUUUUUGGUCUCUAUCUGGCGAUUUUUGUAUUGCAGAUCUACCGGAAAACAAUGAGCUCAAUGAUCGCUAGUGGUCGGGCUGAUGCUGGUGGUGGGAGAAUGGGCAGCUUGCAGAAUUACAUGCUGCAUUAUGUUUCGAUUUUUGAAAUCUUCGCAAUUUAUUACGAGUAGAAGAGAGCACAAGAUCAAGAACAUGAUAGAUUACUUAUACUAAACCCACCAACGUCCUCCCACAGCUACCCCCACAACCCACCUCCUACCCUUUCAAUACCCGGAUCAAGACGUGGUGCGUGCUGUCUCGGUCCUAGAGCAUGCGCGGAUGGCAUCAGAACUGUGUCCCAUCUUGAGCGUGCUCUUCAUCGCCGUACGUCUACGUGCGAAUCAGUUGAAAGUCGAACCACAGCCAUGGGCCAAAAACGCCUUCUACGUCACGACAUAUCUAUGAUUAGGACGAAGGAAAGUUUAGAGUUAUAGACCACAUUUUAUCUAAUAUGAUUACUUACGACGAAGGAAAGUUUAGAGUUACACAGUGAGUUGCAGUUUUACUAGAUAGUUUUACUGAUGCACGAUGAAGAUGAUCCAGCAAGAAGAAUAAGAUAAUCAAUCGAGAAGUAUCUACCCACCGACCACCCUUGUGCUUCUCCCUAUGUUGUACACCCUUCAUAUUCUGCAGUCCUCGCACAAAUGGUUCUAGCACUGCUACAACCGCUUAUCUUGCGCCUCAACACGCUCGCCGGAACAGUGGCUGAAGCGGCUAGGUAUUUUUGCUUGAUCCAGAAAAAAUGAAAGUGUUAUUGGUUAGGAGUCUUUAGAGCAAGAUAUGGGGAUGAUCGCGACAAUUCUAUGUUUCAGGAUGAACAUUUUAUCAUGAAACGUUUUUCAGGUACAUCUGCUUGUCAUGCAUCUACGUGGGAACCGGAAUCGUGGUUGCUUCCGUCUUCGAUAUUUCUUAUCCGCAAGCAGGAAGGACGACGCCCCCACUGUCAUCGGCCAUGCGAUGCCUCGUGAUUGUGCUGGUUCUCUACUUCCUCCUCUUCUUCGUGCUCCAGUGCCUCCAGAGCUACGCAGAACUGUCCCUCAAAGCAAAGACGAAUUUGCAGAUUAUGCUGGAAGAUGGUACUGCUUCAACUCGAUGAUGUAGAUGUUCUUAUCUGCUAUUGUUAUGUUGACGUGAUAAGCGGAUAUGAUUAAAACGAAUACUCACAACCUAACCUAACCUAACCUAACCUAAACCCAGUACCUCGUGCUCGUCUAGUAGUUGUACUUCGUACUAGUUCUAGAAGCGUCUCCUCUCACUAUCACAACCCAGGUAUUCCCUGCCUCGAAAUGGUUCCUAUGCUUGGUGUGGUCUAUGUAGCAGCGCGCUUUCGAGCCAUGGAAAUCGGGACGAUCGACACGCCAAGCUGGGUCGAUUUUUUCAUGUUCCUAUCCGCUAUCUCUCUCAUCAUACAAGCGUUGGCUUCGGCUCUGAUGCCAUAUUUUAGUGGGAAGGUAACUAAGAAAGAUAAAGUUUACUCGAAAACUCAGAAUAACCGAGUUGCUGACUGAAAUAAGGGAGGCACUAGCUUAUAGCGUCAAGGCUACUCUUCCUUGUUCAGACAGUAUCUCGGUUAUUCUGAUCAGUUACUUGCUUUUAUUUCAGUUUUUCGAAUGCAUAAUUUACUAUUCUUGUAAAGUUUUUGGAUUGUUCUUACACAUAGAUCUCCGGUUCUUCACACAUUUUUAAACCAAAUAGAAGCUCCGUCUAUCCAAAACUAGGUGGUCUCAGUCUACUGUGAUACAUACUUCUUCUCUCCACGUCGUCACAGGUCCUCGCCCUCCCUCCGCUACCUCUAGAAGCGACCACCAAAGACCGAGUUUGGUAUAAUUACGAAUCAACGCGUCUCAGAGAAAUUGGCAAGCAAAUCAACUUUGCGAAAUUGUCAGCGUUAGCUUCUGCCUACGUAGGUGUAGGAGCAACGCUUGGCUACAUCGUUUUCACAAGCGACAAUCACGCAAGAUUACACUACUUGUUCUAAUGCAUUUCCAGACCGAAAAUGGUAUCACUUGUUUCAUCGACAUCGUUCUAUUUCUACUUGUUGUACUUUUUUUGUCAUGUUGUUCGUCGGCUCUUCAUUUUUGUUUUCAUCAGAACGCAUAGAGAGACAUACGUUUACGUACAUGCACAGAAACGAGAUGAACAGAAAAAUUCCAGAUGAAAAAAUGUAACAAGUACAAGAGUUCCAACAGGAG